UCUUUUAUUUUGCAUGAAGGGUCAUCAACUGGAGGAAACAUGUCUACAUUCUCACUGGAGCACUUCAAGCUGAUUGCAGCACAGUUGGUUAGCCAGUUCACAAAUCAUAUACAAAGAAACAACAACAAGGUGGAGGAACCAACACAUCAGAAGACAAGACAUCCCUCAGAACUGUGUGAUGAGAUGCAUUCAUUCCAGGACAAGUUGGACUGGUUGACCCAGGCCAAACGCGCAGCUGACAGAAGGGUUGGACAGCUGACGGGUACGGUCAGCCGGCUGCGGACAGAGCGAGAGGACCUGGUCAGGGAUCACCAGCAGCAGCUGCAGCAGGUGCUGGACCAGGUGGUUGGACAGAAGAAGGACAACCAGAUGCUGGAGCUGGUUGCUGCUAUACAGAAUAGGACAUCGCAGGUGCAUGAUCUUCAGAAGCAAGUCUCGUCUUUAGAAGAUCAGCUGACAGAGUCCACCAAUGAGGUGCACACGCUGGCGGCUGCCCUGAGACUGGAGAUGGACGCCAGGUCCCGCGUGGCGGCAUCGCUCGAGGACGUGGAGAGGAAGGCACGUGAAACCGAGGAAUGUCUGCACCUGCUGCAGCUGCAGCUGGAGGACAAGAAACAAUCAGGUGAUGGGGAAGAUGUAAAGAACACUUCUGAGGCGACAACCCCAGGACCAAGAGAGAAGACCACUCCGGUGAGAGAACCUGAGAGCCUUCUGAAGUUGAGGCCAUGUCAGCUGUUCUCCGAGUGGCCUCCUAUAUCACCUGCCAUCCGAAGCAGACAUCUCAGUACCUCCUGCCUGGAUCUGGCCUUCACUUCUUCAUCUCUGUUUGACAAGAUGGCUUCAACAGUUGGCACCCAGACUGACUUACCUCGCUCUCCAAACUCUCAGCUCCAGGCUGAUGAUGCCUCUACCACAAGCACUGGUUCAGAAAAGGAAUGUGUAGACAAUUCCGUCCAAACGUUGCCAUCUUUGGUCUUCACAGAAGACAACCAGACUCAGACAGAGCUUACAACCACAGCCAGAAAGUGUGUGGAGGUGCAGACGGACUCCAAGACAUUUGUUGUCGAAAACACCCAAACCGAAUGUGCGGAAGAAGUCGAGUCAGCCAGUCAAACUGAUGGAGUCAACACCUGCGAUACCUGUGUCGGCACUGUUGAACUUACUGAGGACCAGUCAUCGCAAACUGAUAUACACUUUGCAUCGGUCCAGACGUCCACAGAACAUCCAACAGAACAAAAUGGCGAAUCUGGUUGCAUCAAACUAGACAGGGAUUUUGAAUUUGUUACCUCCAGACAGAAGCAAAUGUUGGCUGUACUGAGGAUGGUGGUGUGUAUCUUGGCUGUUGUUGGCUUUGUCUUCAUCGUCACAUCAUGCAGACCCUCCAGGAAUGUGGAGACAUGGUCCUUUCUGGAAGACGUCUUGGCGCCCUACGUAACUUUGCGCCACGUGUCGCGUCCACCCUUCUAAACGAUGGCAUGCCAUCACCCAAACUGAUGAACUCAGAUUUACCAUUUCUAAUUAAAAUGCCACGUUCGUAAAAUAUAUAACAUUGGCAUUGGCACUUUGGAAAGUGGAACAAAAAUGUUGCUGCUGAUGAAAUCUGCUGAACUCCUACAUUGUUCAAUAUUGUAUAAACUGCUAGUAAAUGCUUUGCAAGGCGGUUAUUAUGAAUGUGAGAAUUGCUAUAACUUCACUGGUACUAAUUUUCGUUUUGUGCUGUUCUUAGUCAAAUGCACACAUACAUUUAACCUACUACUUACUCUCUAUACUCAUUCAAUUAUUUAGUAACAAUCAAAUUGACAAUCACUUCUAAGAAAGUGCACGAUAUAACCCUUUCCAUUUUGUAACUGUGUCCAAAUGGCUUACCAGUCUGUAGUGUAUACAUGUACAGUACCAUCUUUCAACCUAUUUCUCCUGUCCUAUGAAUAUUUCCAUGGAAGAAAAUAUGACUGUAUUAUGACAUAAAGUGUAGUAGUAUGCAAAAGUUAUGAAUUUCAUAACGGAUCCCAUGACCAUAAAAUUAUUUAGGCACACUGUUAUUAUGUCAUUGUCGCACACAACAAAAUAGGGGGAGGGGGAAUUGUUUGGACUAUCAGAAGCAAUUUACCAUCGUGAUGGUUUAUUAAUGUGACAAUAUGCUAGUUUUAAUGUAUGUCUUUCCUAUCUAUGUGCAAGAAACUCAUCUAAAAAAUUUCUGCAAUUUGUUAAAGGCAAUAUGACAUGAAAAUAUUGCUUGGAACAGUUUGCUUCUCAGUAACUUGUUGGCUAAAAUUAGAUUAUUCUGUUUGUGACGUUACUACGGGUUCACUGUUAUGAAGAUUGUAUGUUUAGUGUUUAAUGAUAUGUUUAUGU